GAGAACGGGACAGAAAGGAGGAAGAAGGGGGGAAAGAAUAAAAAGCAACGCAGUUUUGUGGCAUGGUUUGGAGAAGGAAGGGAAAGGCGGAAGUUUGAUGCUUUAAUUAUUUAGAAUAUAUAUAAAUAUAUAUAGAUAAAAGAGGCAGACAGAUGUGAGGCGGGUCCACGUGGUUUGUUUCAGACACAGAUCUAUUGUUCAGAUCAAUAAAAAGGCAGAGUCAGAGAGAGAGAUAGAGAGAGGGGGAAAGGGGGAAGAAAGAAAGGAGAUAAACCUAAAGGGUUUAAAACCUGGCAGGAGGGGGAAAAAAAAAACAUACGAUUGAGUGACUUUUCAUCAAGUUGAGCGGAUAUUUAAUCACUUGAAGCGGCGAUUUAAAGGAGAGGAAAUAAUUUGGCGAUCUUCUUACUUACAUAAAAAUUGGGGAUUUCCUUUUUUUUCCCUCCCUCUUCCCCCCCAUCCUGUCGUUGCCUGAGACAAGAUGCCUCGCAAGAAGGUGGACAAAAAGAAAACGAAAGGUGGAAGGAAAAGGGAGAGAGACUUCAGCGAUGAAGAGGAGCUGGAGCUGGAGCAUCCCGGCAAGAAGAUGGGCAAGCCCGUCCUUCAGACCGUCAAUGAGCCGGAGGAGACCAAGGAAAAAAUAAAACUAGAAGGAUCCAAGUGCAAAGGUCAGCUUCUCAUCUGUGGAGCCACAAACUGGGAUUUGAUUGGUCGUAAAGAAGUUCCUAAGCAACAAGCUGCAUACCGGAAUCUGGGGCAGAAUCUGUGGGGUCCAAAUCGUUAUGGGUGUCUCUCAGGAAUAAGAGUGCGGACAGUGUCGUCAGGAUCUUGUGCUGCUCAUAAUCUCAUCAUUACUACAGAAGGGAAGAUCUGGAGCUGGGGGCGAGGGGAGAAAGGGCAGCUUGGACAUGGAGACACAAAGCGAGGGGAGGUCCCUAAGCUCAUUGAGGCCCUCAAAGACCAGACAAUAGUUGCAGGAGCUUGUGGACGUAAUCAUAGUCUCUGUUUAACAGAAAAUGGAACCGUUUAUGCAUUUGGUGAGAAUAAAAUGGGGCAACUUGGCCUCGGAAACCAGACUGAAGCGGAACCCUGCCCUUCACAGAUAAUGUACAAUGGCCAGCCGAUUGUAAAAAUUGCCUGUGGUGCAGAAUUCAGUAUGAUAGCUGACUGCAAAGGGAACCUGUACUCUUUUGGCCAUCCAGAGUAUGGACAGCUUGGGCACAACUCUGAUGGAAAGUUCAUUGCCCGGGCCCAGAGAAUCGAAUUUGACUGCGAAGUGGUGCCUCGCCGUGUAGCAAUCUUCUUGGAGAAGACAAAAGAUGGUCAGAUCUUACCAGUGCCAAAUGUUGUUGUCCGUGAAGUGGCCUGUGGAGCAAAUCACACGAUUGCUCUUGAUUCGCAGAAGAGGGUGUUUACCUGGGGAUUUGGAGGAUAUGGUCGCCUAGGACACUCUGAGCAGAAAGAUGAAAUGGUCCCACGCCUGGUUAAGCUGUUUGAUUUCCCUGGUCGAGGUGCUGUACAGAUCUGUGCAGGGAACACCUGCUCAUUUGCAGUAAAUGAAAUGGGUGGUUUGUUUUUCUGGGGUGCUACUAACACUUCUCGUGACUCUACAAUGUAUCCCAAAGUGGUGCAGGACCUGUGUGGGUGGAAGGUUCGAAGCCUGUCCAGUGGAAAAAGCAGCAUCAUUGUGGCAGCUGACGAGAGUACAAUCAGCUGGGGACCUUCUCCUACCUUUGGAGAAUUGGGUUAUGGGGACAACAAACCUAAAUCCUCCACCACUGCGCAGGAGAUAAAGACCUUGGAUGGAGUUUAUAUUGAGCAGGUUUCUAUGGGCCAUGCUCAUUCGUUGAUGAUAGCAAGAGAUGAAAGCGAUGCAGAGAAAGAGAGGAUUAAGAAGUUGCCCGAAUAUAACCCGCGGAUUAUCUGAUGCUGUGUAGCCUGAGCAACCACACAUGAAAGCUUCACUUGAACAAAGGCAGCUGAAGUUUACAGUGCACUGGUCAACAAGAUUUAAAACAAAAAAAAAGUCACACUGAACAGGGAGCCAGGCAAUGGACAACAUCUUAUAAAGAACUGUUCCAAUUCAUUACAAAAAAAAUGUUAGUGGUACUUUCAUGAACGCGAUUACAUAUGCAGCUCGUAGUAGUGUUUCCAAAGCAAUUGAUUUAACAAUGCACGCAGAUAGUUAAUUUUAGUUGUGUUGUAUGGCCAUUGUGCUACCAUUGCUUCAGUAAUGGCCAUUUCUUACUAAUGUGUUGGGGCUCUCUAUUUUCUUUUUAAGCCCAGAUUUGGCUGUUUUAAUUGGUCAUCAAAAGCAUUGUAAGCAAGCUGGAAUGCUGGGAAUCAUGGUCUUCAAAUGGCUACAUUUAAACCAUCACUCUGGUACAAGUAUUUCUAAUUUUAGUUCUGAUCUGGCCAGGUGGUCAAUAGCAUAUGUGCAAAUUGUGAAAUUAAUACCCUUCCUUUUUGUGUUUGGGAAGUGUGCACAGAUUUUUAAAUCUGGUUCUACUAACCACCAAGUCCUGAGGUGUGACUCAGGUUUUGUAAUGACCAAACACUCCAGUAGGAUAAGACAGGACAGGACAAGACCCAAGUAGAUUGGACUUCAACACUGCCUGAUGUUUCAGAGGAGCAAUGUUCCAGUCAAGAGAGAUCUUUUCCAAAAACAUAUGUUCCUCUUUUAGUGCAAUCACAUAUCUCCAGCUUUAUUUUGAGAGGUCUUUUGAAAGAUGCUCUUGUUCUUUUUGGUUUCUGACAUCACCUUUAGACCCCAUGAUGAAUUCAGGUCCCUUUUAGCCUUUUGAGAUUGCGGGUUAUGUUAGUUUGCUGCUGACAGGAAUCCUCCUGCUGUUAGCAGUACCCCAUCAGUGUGAAAGUGCCUUAUGAUGUCCCACUCUGGCCAAUUCAUUGUCAAUAAUUACUAAAAUUAGUUUUAAUGAUUUCCUCUGCAGAGCCCUAAUGACAGUCACAUUUCCAUUUGCUAUUCCUGGUCUAUAGUAAGCUAUGUGUUUUGGUUACAGUUUUACACUUCGGAUAAGCUAAUGGAACUAUUUUCUGCUCUUUCUUACUCCUGCCCUGUCCUGUCCACUUUGGAUUUUUUUUAAUAAAAUGAUUUUUGUGCACUAACUUUAUCAGCCCAAAUUCUAACCAUUUGGGAUAUUUCUUUUGUUUAGAUUUUAGAAGUCAAGAGAGGUGUCUUUGAGACUUUUCAGUGUGGCAUGGUCAUUUAUAAAUGCAAGGGUUAUGAUAGUCCAUUGCUGCCUUUCCCUAUAAAGGGAACAAUGAAAUUGGCAUAACAAUCCUGAGAAUUUGAGGUCUAAAGGAACUCUGAGCAAUGAACCUGCCACAGUGAAGUGGAGGUUGUUCCUCAAUUAUCAGUGGCUUGUUGACUGUUCAUUAUUUGGCUAACCACUUUGCUCUUCUAAAGAUCAGGGUAAGUUUUGUUUCAGGUAUUUUAUUAGGAGCAUAAGGCACAACAGGAUUAGGUCCAGAACAGUUUACUAGACCAAGUAGUCUUUGAACAUUUGGUAUUUUGUGUGUGAACUCUGUUUUGAUUCUUCUAGUAAUAUUAGUGAGCAGAUCACAUUAGAUACUUAUUAACAUUUGCAUACUGAAUCUUCAUUACGUUAUGUCCUAAAUUCUAAUAUCCUCUUGGUUUGUUAGAUUUCCCACCUUUUAAGUUUUUCGGUAUAUAGUUGAAGUCAUGGGAAAUCUGCUGUUAUAAAUUUGAAACCAUAUCCAAAACGUAUUCAUUCCAAGCUAUUCAUUAUCAGUUGUAAUCUUUAUCCUCCACCAGCAGCUCUUCUUUUGCUUGUUGGUGACCUGAUUGACCACAAUUGUGAGCGGUAUUGACCAUUUCUCACAGGUGUCAACGUGCUUAUGCUACAGUGUGAUCAUUCGUAACUCACUCCAGUGGUGUGGCUGUUGCCAUUCAGAAAGCCAUGUUCCUGACUCUGGAUGCAAAACUGUGACCCUUGAUAUGAAGUCCAGUUUUGGCAGCCUUCUUUAAUAAACAGGACCUAAGUUACCCCUUUUUUUUUUGAUGAGAGGAACUAGAACAAUGGAGAUUACUCUAUAAUAUUUCUCUCAUCUUGUCUUAACCACCUCAUUGAAUCAAAAUUGUAGUUGCCUUAUUUUUCACCUCUUAUUCCUCAAUUCGUUGUCUGUCCAGAUACAUUUCAAAUUAACUGAAUUUUAAGAGUUUGGAUACCUUUGAUCAAUGUGCUGGAAGGACAAUUACAACUUGAAUCCUGUAAUCAGUCUAAGCAGAAUUCUGGUGAGGUGGAAGAUUGAGAUAGAGUCAACAAAUAAAUUUAACCAUUUUAUGAUCUAGUCAUGGUUUUAAAUACUCUGGUUUUGUGGGGAAUAGAACUUUAGAAUAAGCGUGAUAGUGCAUAGGUAUUUCUGUGAGUACCCUGUGCUGCAUUCCCUUUCCACAAGGUGAAGAUAGCAUUGGUAUCUUGGGGCUGAGGGUGUCGAUUGAAUGGAAACGGCUGGUUUCUUUUUGCAUUUUGUCUGACAAAUUUUUAAAGAAGCUCGAAGAGAUUGGCAGGCUGCAAUUCAAACUGGAUUUUGUAUUCCAGUUAAAUUGGCAGCUGUAUAUUCUAUUUCAGUGUGGUUGGUCAUGAGUUAUAACCCUGAAGUUUCAUAACUUUGGUCUGUGUGGGACGAAAUUCAAUUCUGUAAAAUGUUCAAUAAACCUGCCUCUGUUUCUUGGUUUUAAUGUUUAAUUUAAUGUUUCCCCCUCCCAAUCUGAAUUGCCAGCCAAACUGCCUGCUUUCCAUUCUGUAAAACUGGCAGUGCUGUGGUGUAAUUAUCAAAAGCUACAGUAACUAGGUUUGUUUGUACUUUCCUGAUCUCUCUCUGGCUUUUUUUUUGAGACCCUGGUAAGUUACUUGCCCAAAAACAACUGUAUCAGUGUACUGUGCAUUUUCUAUCCUGAUCCUUUUUUAAUCUGGUACACAAGUAGCCCUGUGUGGCACUACUGUUACAUUGGUGUCUUCCUGCAGCAACCGAUGCUUAAGUGUCAAGUUAGCCCAAAUUCUGUCCUUUUUUUUCUCCUUCUGGUUUCAAAGGUGCAGGCUUUAUGGAAUUGGGUAUAAAUGUACCACAGAACUUUUCAGGUGCAAGUUGCACUUACGGUAUCUUGCAUCAGUAGCUGUGAGUAUGCACUCUUUUCUGUAAGUAUUGCAUGGAAUUCAACCAGACUGUCUUGAAAAUAAAGUAACUUGGAUAACUUCGGACUCGUUGACAUCUUUCAAUGCUCGACAAUUUGUGUAAAAAAAAAAAUAAAUAGCACGUGAAACCGAGCAUUAGAUGGUGCUCUUCUGUGGGAACUUUGUUUUUUUUUAAAUGACUUUUUUUUCCAUGGCAAAAGGAAAGCUAUUGAUAUUACGAGAGUAUAAGUAAAAUUGUCUGUAAUCACCAUUUUCAUUUGACACCCAAGUGUAUUUCAUGUACCUGCGCCGAUUGCCUUCAGUUUUCAGCUCCACGUGUCUGGAAUCUAAACCUGCCUAUUUUAAUUUUCACAGUCUGAAUGGGGAGUCAAGCUGAACUUUCCCUUUUUAAGCACCAAUGUUUUUUGUUUUGUCAAUAGCAUAUGUCCAAAUUUAGAAAUGCGUUUACUCUAAAGUUGAAAGUGGUUCACCUUGCUAAAAAGAACUUCCAUCUUUAAAAUGGUUUAUGAUUUUUGGAAAGAUGUGUUGACAAACACAUGAGGCUUUGUAGUACAAACGUUUUUUUGAAAUUUCCUUUUGUUUUGUGUAUGUGCUUUAUCCACACUCUGAAAUCCCUCUUGGGGGAGAAUUAGGAAAGAUGAGGGGGAGGGGAAAGAGAGGCUGGAAAUUUCCUGCUUCUGUGGCUCACUUAACCCAAAGGAGAGAGAAUCUGAACUGUUUAUUGUAGCUGUGGUGCCUGGUGAAGUAAUUCCACUAUGUACAAACACCAUCUAGUCAUACUAUUCAUGGAUUCCCUGGUAAUGCAAAACUAAUAAUGGAAUUGAACAUUUGCAAGUUUUCAACACUUCCCAAAUGAAAGUGAGUUGUGUUGGGAGGGAGCAUCUCUUUUCAUGCUGGUUAUUAAUGACUAGUUCUUGGCAUCAUUAGAUUUAGUUAGUAAUUUGUAGCCAAUUAGCUGCCUGUUCAGUGCUGUAAACUUUUUUCUUUUUUUUUACUUUUGUAUUUCUUGCAAUAAAUUGAAUAAAUUUUACCUUUUCAUUUC